AUGUCCGCUAUCCAAAAUCUCUACUCUUUUGAUCCCUUUGCUGAUGCAAGUAAGGGUGAUAAUCUGCCUCCUGCUGGCACUGAGGAUUAUAUCCAUAUAAGAAUUCAGCCGGGCUCCAAGAUCCCUACUACUGUCCAAGGCAUCGCUCAUGAUUACGAUAAAAAGAAACCGGUAAAGGCGUUCAAGAAUAAAUUUAUUUAUUCUGUAAUUUGAGCACCAAAAUAUUAAGAAAUAAUUCAGCUACAGGAUGAUCAGUCCAAGAACAUAUACCAGUGCCUCGUAGAGAUUGGACUGGCUAAGGAUGAUCAGCUGAGGGUUCAUGGGUUUUAAGUGCUUGUGGCUCACUGAAGCUUAAAUGAGGAUUUCCUAGCAAUGAGUAGAAUUUCCCUUCUGUCCCUUGACACAAGUUUGAAAACCUCACAGCUUGCAUAAUGGAAUCAUUUGGGGUCUGCUUUUAACUUGGACUAGUGUAACCACUUCAUGCAAUAAACUGAAAAGAGCCAUUAAAAA